AUGGUUUUUGACGCACCGGUCGUGAUUGACAGCCGGGCCGAGGAGACCGGCCGGACCGGCAAUCGAGUGAUUCUUCCUAUCUCUGUGGAGGAGUACCAGGUUGGCCAACUGUACUCUGUAGCUGAGGCCAGUAAGAAUGAGACGGGCGGAGGAGAAGGAGUGGAGGUGCUCAAAAACGAGCCCUACGAGAAAGAUGGGGAGAAGGGACAGUACACACACAAGAUUUACCAUCUGCAGAGUAAAGUGCCGUCAUUCGUCAGAAUGUUGGCUCCGGCUUCGGCUCUCAACAUCCACGAGAAAGCCUGGAACGCAUACCCAUACUGUCGCACAGUCAUCACUAACGAGUAUAUGAAAGAUAACUUCCUGAUCAAGAUUGAGACGUGGCACAAACCUGACACGGGACACCUCGAAAAUGUUCACGGUUUGGAUGCGGAGACCUGGAAGAAAGUGGACGUAGUCUACAUCGACAUCGCAGACCGAAGCCAGGUGGAUUCGAAGGACUACAAGCCAGAGGAGGACCCCUGCAGGUACAAGUCAGUGAAGACGGGCCGAGGCCCUCUCGGACCGGACUGGAAGAAGGAACUUCCCAAGAAGACAGACUGCCCACACAUGUGUGCCUACAAACUGGUCACGGUCAAAUUCAAGUGGUGGGGCCUGCAAAAUAAAGUGGAGAGCUUCAUUCAGAAGCAAGAGAAGCGUCUGUUCACGAAUUUCCACCGUCAGCUGUUCUGCUGGAUCGACAAGUGGAUCGACUUGAACAUGGGAGACAUCCGUCGCAUGGAGGAGGAGACACGCAAGGAGCUCGAUGAGAUGAGAGUGAAGGACCCAGUGAAGGGGAUGGUGGCUCUAGAGGACUGACGUCGUGGGGGACCGUGAAUGCUGCUGCUAAUCAGACCAGACAACCCAGAAACCAGCGGAUUCACAUCCUACGUCUAUUCCUCCAGACACAACAUCUGACCGGCUGGUC